AUGGGUUUUGACCGACCAACGCUCACCGAAGGUGGCGUCCUGAACAGAACUAUGUCUUUUCCGGAUAUAGUUAUGAUGACACCAGUUCAUGUACCAAGACCAUCUAUUGCACCACAGUUACCUAUACGAGAUAUCGGUACCCUCAGUGGUACCGGCUACUACGUUCGCCGUCCGGAGUUGACGCGUUACACUGGGGCGCGGACACUUCCUCGUAUGGAUCAAGCAGUCGGUCCAUAUGCGUUUCCAGAACAUUUGAGCGCAAGACCCUCAGACGAUGCUGCAGUGUUUGGCAUGUUGCCAAGGUCAAAUUACAGGUAA